AUGGCGUACUUCCCCGAGGCGGGGUUUUUAAACCACAGCUGCACACCAAACGCGACGUACGACAUCCUCCCUGAGCACGUCUUUAAGGAAAGCGAGUACUUCACCCCUUCCAACGAGCAGGAAGAAGAAGAAGAAAAUGAAAAUGACAAGGGAUUCAUGCAGGAGGACGCGCGGGGAUGGAUCGCGGAGGAAACGAACGCGAAAUCGAGCGCGGCGGAAAAACCAGAGACGCUUUCGUUGGAGCGCUCUUCAAGCGAUGCCCUCCACGAUGGGAUUCCGAAUCCCCACGAAAGGAAUUCCGCGGCCCCGUCGUCGUCUGAAAAGCUUUCUGAUCCCAUUAAUAAUGAGGGGAUCGACAACGAAAACAGCCGCCUUCCCGCUUUCCCGUCGCCCUCCAGACAAUUCGCGAAGGACGAGAACGCCACGUCAGGGGAGGAAAUCUCUUCCAACGCGCUUACCGAAUACGGCGCGCCCGUUUAUCUUUUUUGCUGUCGCGCAACGCGGCGGAUUGAGGCCGGGGAGGAGAUUCUCAUCAGCUAUGUCCCACCGGAAUGGUCGUUUGACAAUCGUCAGUACGUCCUUCACGAUCGCUAUCGAUUUUGGUGUAAAUGCCCGAAGUGCUCGCCCACGCUGGAUAAAAAGUACGCGCGCAUUCCUAAAUUCGUCGUCGGCCUUGUGAUGUUCACGAUUGUGGUGCAGAUGAUUCUCGUUUCCAAACGAGAUAGCAUGAAUCUCGGCGACGAUGAUAACAACGCGGAAAAAGAAUUGGAGUGGUGGAGGCAGUUAUCGGAGGAAGAAAAGGAAGAGCUUCAGCGCACACACGGGAUGAAGGUGGAGGAAAUUGAAAAGAGAGUCCGCCAGGCGAGACAGAAGGAAAAGGCGCAGGGAUUUUUUGAAUGGAUGGAAAAGCGGCGGAUGGAGGAUGUCAACAAGUUUGACGGACAGAUAGUGAAUUCGAAAUUCAUCGAGGAGCACGACCUCUACGCGAGGAAGCGUUAA